AGGAGAAGAAGAGGAGGAGGUGGUGGUGUGAGUCUGCAUAAGAAAGCAACUCCACCCUUGCUCUAGCUGCAGGAGCAGAGAGCAGCAGCAGCAGGUCAGGUCCCGUCCUGAUUUGGAUCUAACUUCACCGAGCACCGACUGGACCGCCGUUCCUUUUCACCGCCCCAUCACCUCCCCCCCCGCCCCGGUCAUGCUCUCCGCGGGACUCUGCGUGUCUCUGCUGGCCGCGUCCUGCGCCCUGUGGCCGCCCGCUGUCCGGGCUGCAGCCUGCGAGCCGGUCCGGAUCCCGCUGUGCCGGUCCAUGCCGUGGAACAUGACCAAGAUGCCGAACCACCUCCACCACAGCACGCAGGACAACGCGGUGCUGGCCAUCGAGCAGUUUGAGGGGCUGCUGGGUACUGGAUGCAGUCAAGAUCUACUCUUCUUCUUGUGUGCCAUGUACGCCCCAAUCUGCACCAUCGACUUCCAGCAUGAGCCUAUCAAGCCCUGCAAGGCGGUGUGCGAGCGGGCGAAGUCCGGCUGCGAGCCGGUGAUGAAGCGGUACAACCACAGCUGGCCCGACAGCCUGGCCUGCGGCGAGCUGCCGCUGUAUGACCGCGGAGUGUGCAUCUCACCUGAGGCCAUCGUCAAGGCAGACGGACCAGACCCAUACCUCCAGGACCCCUCCAGGUGUAACCCAGAAUCCAGUCCAGACUUUCCAAUGGACCCUAACAACUUCCACUGCCAGGGUCCAAAUGGAGAUCGCUGCAAGUGUAAGACGGUCAAAAUGGGACAGAAAACUUACGUGAACAACAACUAUAACUAUGUUAUCAGAGCGAGGGUGAGGGAGGUUAGAAAUCGUGGCCUGGAGCCCACGGCGGUGGUGGACGUGAAGGAGGUGCUCAAGUCCUCCCUGGUCAACAUUCCUAAGGAGACGCAGAUGCUCUACUACUCCUCGUCCUGCCUGUGUCCUCCUCUCACCGCUGGGGAAGAGUAUAUCAUCAUGGGCUACGAGAAUGAAGAAAGGUCCAGGUUGCUUCUGAUUGAUAGCUCCAUUGCGCAAAAGUGGAAGGACAAAAUGCGCAGGAAAGUCAAGAAAUGGGAUCAGGCCCUGCAGGCACCCCCAGCAUAUUCACGCCAAAGAUCUCCCUGAGAUCUCACCCUCUGUCUGAAUGUGUGUGUGGGUGUGUGUGCAUGUGACUGUAUGGGUGUGUGUUUGUGUUAAUAUUGCACUAUAACAGGCUGUCCUUGCUGAAUGUAGUUCAUCUCUUCAUUUUUCAGACUGUUUGGGAUUAGAUUUUUGCCUUGUCAUUUUCUUUGCACAGACAUUAUUCAGUGUGUUUUUGUCAUUGUGUCUCUGUAUGUAUGUAUGUAUAUACAAACGAGUGAAGAGGCGGAGCUUUAAAUAUGUUGGCAAAUGCUUUUUUUUUUUUCUUCUCUUGUUUUUGGACCAAACGUUUUUCAAAGGCAGCCAUAUUGGCUCAAUUGCUCCCCUCCAGAUUCUGAUUUUAUAUAAUCCUGGAUGAGGCCCAAGUUACCAUGGUGAUUGGAAAGAAGACAUUAAGUGACAGCAAAGCCAUGUGGGUUUUCUCAUAAUGGAUCUGGAACCACAAACUGGACUUCACUCAGCUUAAAGACGGAAGAGCAUUUACCAACACGGAAACAAGAACAUCUACUGUUGCCAAAGAUUUCUGGGUUCUGGAUCGGAAACCCUCCUUUUUAGUAGACAAUAAACUUAAAUCAGCUGCUUACAAUGUG